CAUUAACCGGAUCACUAUUCAAAGGCUUUAUCCACUCAAACAUCAGGCUCAACUGCUCAAGUACAGCAGCGGGAAAUGGCGUUUCCUCUCGGUGCUCCCACAACACUCUCAAUUCCAAAAGGCGGAGAUGCGAUUUAUGUUGCAGCAAUUCCUCUGAGGGCUGCGAAGGGCCCUGCCCAGAUGUUAAUGUCAGCGGCUUACUCUCUCAAUAUGUGGGAUUUACAACAUUAUAUGGUCAUCAUCAGCACAACUCCACCUCCUCAGGCAUUUGUUUUUGAUUUCCAACCUCAAGAUCCUGAGAAUAUGUAUGUAGCGCUUGCAGCUCUAUCUAGUAGAGGAGUGCCAGGAGUUGUUCUUGUUAGAAAGCUAAGAAAGCUGCCUAAAAGAAAGUGCUGGUUCGUUGGGUUUUCCCGUGGAGACAGCAUAGAGAAAGCCAAUAAAUUCAAUGAAAGCUGGCAAACGGAGUUGAGCAUUGGCCAACAUGAUUGUCGUGAUUACACCAAUGGGUUGGUUGAACAUCUCACUGGUGAGAAACACGUUUUGGAUCGUCUAAGAACAAGUUCAGAUGGUUGAUUUUGCUAUUGUUUACUAGAAACUAUUUUGUAAUUGAUGCCGCCAGCUGCAAACAUAUGUAUCCAGUACCCCUCUCAAUGUGUUGUGUAUAUCAAUGGAUACAUAUGUAUAUGUAUAUUUAGCUAUCAUGAAAAGUUACUUGUACACCUCAGAGAUGAAUAUCAUUUGUUUGAGUAAAUGAUGCCUAUCCAAAAUAAAUUUUCCAUGAACCUACAUUAAUCUGAGAAAAAAGACAGGUAUAUUGGUCAAUAGAAACCAAAAUCCCAUUCACCAACUUUUCUCUCUCAAAAUCCUAAAAACAAAUGGGCCCUAGUGUAUAGUUUUUUGUGGUGGAAAUCUAGUCCAUUCAAGAACAAGAUCAAACAAAUCCCUUUUUAAACUCAGCAGUAGAAUAAAAGGCUAUGGUAAAGCUUAAGUGGCAGUGGAUAUGGAUGUGUAUCCAACCGGCAAUGUACACUGCAAAAAGUAAACAGUACAUAUACUAUGGUUCUUUUUGAUCUCCUUCAGCUUGUUCUUUGGUUCAAAGAAUAGUCUUUUAGCCUAAUGAAGGUAAGAGAUUCUGUUUGCUAAGUACGUUUGUAUGAAAGAUGCAGUAUUAAUUUGUCUAAGAGUUUUCUCAGUUAGGUUGUUUUAUGACUAGAGUUCAUAUAAGAAGACGCAUUUGUUUAAAUACAUGGAGAAGAUUGAGCAUGCAAAGAAGUAUCUGCUCAGGUGUUCCAUUAAGUGGUCUCACUCCUCUCUGUUCCGUCUUUUAUCUCUCCGUCGUUAUUAUCAGAGGAUCACGAUCCAAUGUUAGGAGUAAAAUGAGAAGCAAACAGAGGCGCUACGAACAGUAUAGACAGUGAUCAUGACAAAAGCGUAAUACUCUUGCGGUUUUGCCAUAUCUAGUAUUGAAUUUAAUUGAUGAGAUGGUUGUGACCAAUUAGUAAUGCUGAUUUUUGGUGUUCCCCCAUAGAGAUGAUUUUAUGGUGGCUCACAGAAAAAAUAAUACUCUGAGAAGUUAAGCUAUAUAAUAGCUAAUUAAGAGAUUAGAUUGGCACCCAUUCAACGUAAACCGAAGUUAUUUUAUCUUUAGCAGUUGUGAGAUUUUUCACCUCAAAUUUUUUUUCUUUUUUGAUAAUUGGGACUCAAUUUUCCAGCAAAUGUAUUGAUCCUAAAAAAACUUAAAUUAGAUUUCCGCUUCGAAUGGCACAGAGAAGAAUAGAGGAUGGCUCAAAAGGGAUAUUAGUUGUUUCAUUAGUAGGAUUUGAUGUCAGUAUUGAAUUUUAUCUCUCCAUAUUUAACGAAUAAAAUGAGUUUGGCGCCUUAGUUCCUCUUUUAUGAAUAAUUGUUUUUCACUUCACUCCAUAUUUCCCCAUUCCAAAUGAAUAUUUUUAAUACAAUUUCUCGUGUAACCAGGUAAUGCAAAUGCAGAAAAACCACAUUGUUUCGACUCAUUGGAAAGUUGCAACAGAGCGAAUAAUUUAUCAAUGAAAAUAUAGUUCGGAAAAAGAACAAAUCAAAGAAGACAAUAAAAACAAAUGCUACCUAACGAGAGAUACUAUCUUUAAAAAAGAGAAUAGAAAAAAUCAGAUGAAGGGGGAUUUGGGCUCAGUGGAAGGAGAAGUCGUUUGAUUGGCGAAAGGCUCACGGCGAGAUUUUUCAGGUCUCGUCCACUGCCCAUAACACCCUGUGUCUUAACCUCAUCAUCGCACCAAAUCCUUUUUUCUGUAUACUCUUCGCGCACCAUUAAAUCACCCCAUCACAGAUCCAGAAAACCAACUAAAAGAAGCACAAUCUGCUAUAAAUAGCACUUGAAUAUGAUAAGAUAGACGAAUAAAACGUGGCAUGUAGUACAAAGCACAAAAAAAAAGAAAGUUAAACAACGAUUAAUCGAUGAAAGCAUAAAACCUAAUGCAAGAGAAAGUGGAAUAAGUAAUAAGGAUCGAAGAGAUGACGGGAAAAAUGGUAGAUUAGGCUUCAGCGUGUGUAACAAUCAGAUCAUUGACAAAUUUAUCUCACUGAAAUCCGCUAAGAUAAUGAGAUUUCAUCAUAAGCCCCUUCCAUCUAACCUUCCGCCCUUGUAUAAAAUUUUUUAACAGACCAAAAUGAGAAUGCAAAACUGAGAACCAAAAAAGAUUAAAACA